AAAUUGCUGUACUACACGUAUUUUCAUCAGUCAGUUUGACGAUCAAAUUCAGCACAGUCGAUGUUGAUCAAUAUUCCUCGGUGACUGGAUUGUAAACAGUUUUACUUGCAUACGUAAACAUAUUUGUUUGCUGAAACAAACUAACGGCAGAAUCAUGCCAGCAAUAGAGAGCUCUAUACCUGGCUUCGGACCAUUUCCAGCGAGAGAAAAAAAAUUUAAAACACAGUACUCUUAUAUCGAAGGAAGAAGAGAGAUAGAUGGCGCGGAGGAUUUAUGGAGAAUUCGAGAUAAUUUGUACGAUUUGGAAGGUUUUGCGAAAAAUCAUCCAGGAGGAGAGGAAUGGAUCCGUCUAACGAAAGGCACAGAUAUUACAGAAAUUUUUGAGUCGCAUCAUCUGACAGAAAGGGCGUACAAGCUUCUUCCAAAAUUCUUCGUAAAGGAGGCAGCUGCACCACGAUCGAUACCAUUAACGUUCGCACCUAAUGGCUUCUAUAACACUUUCAAAAAGCGCGCCCUAGAAGCGUUGAAGAACGUCGAUUUUCAUCGGCCAUCGAGAAAAACGAACUUAAUCGCAGAUCUGCUCGCCAUGACCACAAUUACGCUCAGUAUUGCAGCGGUCUCGUUGCAAUCCUAUCUUAUCAUCGUUUUUGCUGGGCUCUUCCUUGCAUGGACCACAGUAAUAGCUCACAAUUACUUUCACAUGCGAGACAACUUCCGAAUGUACUAUUUCGACAUGAGUGCUAUGUCCUCGAAGGAUUGGCGUAUCUCACACGCGAUGAGCCAUCAUACUUAUCCCAAUACUCUUUGGGACUAUGAAGUUUAUACGGUCGAACCAUUUCUUCAGUGGUUGCCAUAUAAAAAGAAGUCCAUGUUCCGCGCCUUUUUCAGUCAACUCAUAAGUCCCGUUGUGUGGGGCCUUCUGUUCUUCUCGGAGAUGAUUAAGAGAUAUUACUCAGUGUUCUUCGAAUACAAAAAAUUCGAAUUCCGUGAUGCCAUACCAUUUUUCCUUCCAACAUUGAUGCUGUUCUUCACACCCCACUUUUUGACAGUUAUAAAAUUCUGGCUUUUGAUUAUGCUGAUGGGAAGUUUUGUGUUCGGUAUGAUCGGCUUUAAUGCGGCGCAUCAUCAUCCGGACAUUUUCCAUGAUGGCGACGUUUGCAGGGAAGAUCUCGACUGGGGUUUGAUGGAACUGGACGCCGUAAGGGAACGAAAAGUGAUCGACGAUUCAGAUUUCCUGGUCCUGACCACUUUCGGCUUACACGGUCUCCACCAUCUUCUACCAACCGUAGACCAUUCUUACUUACCUCUGUGUGUACCAGCUUUCGAGCAAACCUGCAAGGAAUGGGGAAUCAGCACAGAAAAGUUCACGGCAUGGGAGCAUGUGAAGGGACAGUUCAAACAAUUGUUACGUAAAGAAGUGAAAAAGAAUAUUAGAUAAAUAGUUGGGUAUUUGAUGAAGUUUCAGUUACCUGUUUUGGACCGUCUAAGAUACGUAUAAGACUGAGUGUUAUAAAGGGUAAUAUAAUAUAUUCAAUAGAUCAUGUUACUGUGUAAGAUUUAAUAAAAAUGCAAUUUUGAUUGAAA